GACAACACUCAGACCACGUGACCUGUGUUUACAUCCUCUGCUCAGCUGUUUCUUUCUUCUUCCCUCGGACUCGGCGGCUCGAGCUCGUGCUACUUUCACCUGCAGACACCAACCAGCUGGUUAACACGGUUAUCUGUCAACACGGUUAACUGUCAACACGGGUAACUAGUCCUGUCGUCCUCCUGCAGAGGAGACUCUCCGCUUCUCCUCCCGGAGACUGUCACUGACCGACCGCCGCAGUGCACGGAGCAGCCCGGGGUUCACAAGGUGCGCGUUGGUGCGACACGACUCUUGCGAGCAGAAGAGUCCGGCUCCCUGAUUGGCUGACACGCCGCCGUCUGUGUGGCAACUGCGUCACGUGACCAUGUGCGGCGCUGAUUGGCCUCGUCAGGUGUCAAGUUGAGGAAACUCAGGAACAUCUGGGAACAUCUGUCUAGGAGCAGCAACUCAAAGGACUCUGCAUUACAGAGAGGGCAGAGGGAGAAACUGGGAUAAAAACACACACUGUACAAUCAACAAUGGUCACGCUCUGCCUGGACAUGCGUGUCGUCUGAACGGACGCUUCCAGGAGGAGUCAAAGCGGAACGAUCCCUCAGCCAGUCGUUCAUCUCCAUGCCUCUGUGAGGAGGAACCACUCAUCCUGAGUACGACUCUUGUUCCUCUGCUGUUUCCACCAUGGGGGGAGCCGUGAGCGCCGGCGAGGACAAUGAUGACCUCAUUGACAAUCUGAAGGAAGCUCAGUAUAUUCGCACAGAAAAAGUCGAGCAGGCUUUUCGGGCCAUAGACCGCGGUGACUACUAUCUGGACGGCUACCGGGACAGUGCCUACAAAGACUUAGCGUGGAAACAUGGCAACAUACACCUGUCUGCUCCGUGUAUAUACUCGGAGGUGAUGGAGGCCCUCAAACUGCAGCCAGGACUUUCUUUCCUCAAUCUGGGCAGUGGAACCGGCUACUUAAGCACAAUGGUUGGUCUUAUCAUAGGGCCAUUUGGUGUGAACCAUGGAGUUGAGCUCCACAAGGACGUGGUUGAAUAUGCCAGAGAGAAACUUGAGGAUUUCAUAAAGAAUAGUGACAGCUUUGAUAAGUUUGAGUUUUGCGAACCCGUCUUUGUGGUGGGGAAUUGCCUUGAAAUCUCCACAGACAGUCAUCAAUACGACCGCAUUUACUGCGGCGCCGGGGUUCAGAAGGACCAUGAAAAUUACAUGAAAGUGCUGCUCAAAAUUGGAGGAAUUCUGGUGAUGCCUAUAGAGGAUCAGCUGACCGCGAUAACCAGGACUGGUCAGUGCACAUGGGAGAGCAAUAACAUCUUGGCAGUGUCCUUUGCCCCCUUGGUCCAGCAGAGUAGAGCUGACGGAGAGAAGCCUGACGCUGUUCAGCUGCCCCCGGUGACCGUCCGCAGCCUUCAGGAUCUCUCUCGGAUCUACAUCCGCCGCACCCUCAGAAACCUGGCCAACGAGGACAGUCAGGAGAAGGGCCUGGUGCAGAGAAUCCCCCAGAAGCGCAAAAGGAGGCGCUGCCGGCGGCGACGCAUCAACACUUACGUCUUCGUGGGCAACCAGCUGAUCCCCCAAAUGGUGGAGAGCGAGGAGGAGGAGCACGCCGAGGAAGAACACAAGGAGGUGGAGGAGGAGGAGGAGAGAGACAUUGGCGAAAUUGAAAUUCUCAAGCAAGUGAACAUGUUGAGAGACCAAAUAAUGGCGUUGCCGCUGCCUGAGUCACUGAAAGCGUAUUUGCUGUACUACAGAGAGAAAUGACUGAUUCCCCCGGUAUCUGUUGGUAAUGGGUGCAGCUCCUGAUGAAACGCUGUUCUUCACCCAUCUCAGUACAAAUGUAGCAUUAUUUCCAUAAAAUCUUGAUGACAAAACUGUGAAUGAAAGAGACGUCAUAGAGAAUAUUGGAUAAUAAUGUUAUAAUUGUUUUUGUUGACAUUUUCUGUUGAUUUGUAUAUCAAAAAAAAAAAAAUUGUAAGAUGAAACUCAAUGGACAUAGUUUUUUUCCGAAACCCAUUGUGAGAUUCAGAUUUAUCACAAUGUCAGGAUUUCUGCAGAAGUGUGCAGAUCAAAAAAAAAUGUAUAAAAAAAAUUCUUACUAUAUUUGUUUAAAUAUGAUCAUGUUAAAGAAUAAGACUUUUAUUGCACCUUUUUUAGAAGCUUUAACUUACUCUGUGUCCGGCAACGAAACGACGCUGAAAGGAACGAAAGACGCUGAAAGUCAAAUAAGGCCACAUCCUCCCGUUUUGAGUUCGAAGAGUCAGACGCUCUUACAUCAUCAUGACUGGGGCACUUAUGUCAUUACUCCUCUGGAUGAUUUGUUUUAGGUCACAGUGGUUUUCUACCUUCCUUUUACAGUCGAGCAUCAAGAGACCAGAUCGGCUCAUAGUUUUCUACACG